AUGGCUUUGGGGGUCUUAUUCGUGAUGAAAGGGGAGCUUGGAUUUGUGGAUAUUAUGGGAGGAUGGACAACUGUACCAGCCUUGAAACUGAACUAUGGGGGGGUAUACAAAGGAUUGACCAUCAUCCUCCAAAAAGGUUUCAACAAGGUGAUUGUGGAAACCGAUGCUCAGGAAGUUGUCAAGCUGCUAGAGGAAGGCCCCGGUGACAAACAUCCUUACAAAGGACUGGUGGAAGAUGCGAGGAACAUUUUCAAUGGCUGCCAAUGCGUUGCCCAACAUGUUUAUCGUGAAGGGAACUUAUGCGCGGAUGCUCUAGCCAAACUAGGAGCUGCCCAACCCGAAGACAUUCUAGUUGUUAACAACGCCCCAGCUGAGAUUCGCGACCUGCUUGUGGUUAACAUGCUGGGGAUGGGUAGAGAGAAGGCUUAG